CCUACGUCAUCGCGCCGCGCCGUGACGGCUGUGCCGCGCGCCCGCCGCGCACGUGCAGGGGCGGCAGCGCAUGGAGGGCGGCGGCAGAAAUGGGGGGCGCAGCCCUGGCUCCAGGCCCGCGCUGGCCCUCCGCGGGGCUCGUAUGGCGAUCGGUGGUGGCAGCCGGUUCCUGGCUGCCCGGCACAAGGACGCCGGUGAUGAUAGUCUCUUCGUGUAUGAUUGCGUCAACGUGGAGAAGACGACCCUAGGAAAUAAAGGACAGGAUGGAAAACCAACAGAUAAAGGAAGUGAUGACAUCCUAGCUUUUGCCUUCUCCCCAUCAGGAGAUUAUUUUGCCUUGACAGAUGACAGCAAACGUCUAAUUCUGUUCCGUACGAAGCCUUCCUGGGAGUGUGUUAGCAUCAGGUCUGUGAACAGGAAGUGCACUUCCCUGGUUAUUACAGCUGCAGAGGAUAAGAUUCUGAUUGCAGACAAGUCUGGUGAUGUCUAUUCUUACUCAAUAACAGAACCCCAAGCAGAAGGAAAACUUGAGCUGGGUCACUUGUCUCUGCUACUGGAUGUUGCACUGAGUCCUGAUGACCGAUAUAUUGUAACUGCAGACAGAGAUGAGAAGAUCAGAGUCAGCUUGACAAAGGCUCCUUAUAUUAUUGUAUCUUACUGUCUGGGACAUACGGAGUUUGUAAACAAAAUACUUGUAAUACCCAACUAUCCUGAUCUGCUGUUGUCAGCUUCUGGGGACUCAACUCUGAGGCUUUGGGAGUACAAAAGUGGAGAAGAAGUGUACUGCUGUCAUCUGAGUAGCAUCUGUGGGCCAGAGACAACCAAAACUGACGAGAAAUACCCUGUGUCAAGAAUAACCUACUGCUGUCAUGGUGAUUAUGUUGCCAUUCUAUGUGACAGUAUUCCCACAGUCUACAUCUUUCAGCUUGAUGCUGUUGCCCAACAGCUAGUUUACAGACAGCAAAUCUCCUUGAAACACAAAAUUUGGGAUAUUGCAUUUGAGGAAACAAGAGAUCUAUGGAUUUUGCAGGAAGACAGAGAAGCUCCUCUUCAGUUGUACAGAGCAUGUGAUGAACAGUGGAAGCCUGUAACCGAUGAUGAAGGAUUACAGAAGAUGUCAAAAUACCUUCAAGACAACUGGGCUGUGUUCGAAGCUUUUGUUGGUGUGGAGAGCCACUACAACAGUCUCUACAAGGCUUCUUUUGACGACAUGGACAGCUGCCUAGAGAGAACAGAGGAAAGAAUACAGCAGAGAAAAAAGAAAAGGCAGGAUCUGCAACAUGGUUCAAAUGGACAAACAAAAAAGAUGAAGACUGAAGAAUCAUCACUAUGACCCUGUUGUUAGUUGUAACUUUUUCCUUGCUGAAAGGAACUGUUAUGACUGUGGACUGUUUUUAAAUGUAAAAUGAAUUAUUGAAGAAGACUGGUUUAAACUUUUAUUCAGAUUUAGGUUUUCAGGUAGCCUGAUGCGGUCAUAUCCUACUUGCAGCAGUGAAUAUAUUUACAAUAUGCCUAAGCUUCUAGCAGCGUUUAAGCUUUAGCAGUUCAGUCCUAGUAAUCUCUAAUGCAUGAUAUGUGAAUAUUGGAGAUCCUUGAAAAGGGAUUUCUUUUUGCCUACUGUGCUCAGGCUUUCUUCUACAGGUGGAAUUGAACUGCUUGAAGUUCAUUUGCUCUUUUAUUUGUUUCUUCUGGUUUGUUUUUAACUUAAAAGAUCUGUUAGUUAAUGUAACUGAAUUAGUGUAUGUGCCUAUGGGAAAGGGAAUGUAGCAAAAUUCUUGCUGUAUAUGAAAGGUUUUAGCUGAGAAUUUACCAUCUCUGCUUUUACCCUUUACAGGUACCCUUUAUGGUAGGGAUUCUGCCUAGCUUGCAAUCCAUUACUUGUGGCAUAUUUUUAUAAGAAGUAGUGCAGAAAUAGAUUUUUCACAUUUGAAAGUAAAAGUAAAAAGUGUCAGUGAACUUUGUUACUGGAAGAUCCUUCUCCUGCGAUACGAUCAUAGGGUGUCUGUGAGAAUGAUUUGAGAGGCCUGUGAGCAAAACCUGGAGUGCAUUCUGCUUCCCUCAACGAGAACUCUUUCUUGUUGCAAUUAAUCAAGAAAUAAAUCUUCUUUAAAAGUUAUCAGUAAGAGCCUUAUGGGAUCACUUGUUGCUUCUUCAUGGGGCAGAAGGUAUGCAUUCAUCUACCAGAUAGAUACAUUAUAUUCCACAGAGACAUGAUGUUAUUUCAUAAAACCAGCUGUAGAAAUCUGUACAAUCCAUUAAAAGUAUUGAUAAUUAGCCUAUGAACAGCAAAGAGUUCUCAGUCUCUUUUUUUAUAUAGCUGUCCUCCUUGGAGUGUCUGGACACUUAGAAUUUUUUCACUGAAAUUCUAACUACACUAAUGUGUAAGACAUUGUUUUGAUAUAGCUGCUUUCGAAACUAUUGGGUAUUCAUCAGAGAAGCAGAACUUGAUACUUACGUCUGCUCAAAAUUGCGGUCUUGUCUUUAUUGUGUGUUCCAGAGGCCAUGAGCCUUUCUCAUGCUGUAGGAUGUCACAUGGAUUUUCACAUUCCUUCUGGCUGGAAGUGCUUCCUUAAAGACAGAGCAUUGCAUGCAUUAGUACAUAGCCAAUCCUUUGCCUCCAGGGUCUGAUUUCUCUCAUUGAUUUUUUUUAAAAUAAAGAACCUUCUGUCCUGCAAAUGUCUCCUUGAA